UAAGCUGAGCAGCUGAGCUAAAUUAUAAAGAAAAAGAGAAAAGCCGAAAUGCCAUUACUUUUGCUUUUAGAAGGCUAUUUGGCAGAUUGCUGUCAUAUCCAGUCUAAAAUCAAGUUAGAAAAGCUAGGCAUCGGCUAACUGAGAAAGAAGACAACCAUGGAUUGGGAAGGAAUGAAUGGUAUAGUCCAACAGUGGAGACAUCAGCAUGCUCCUUUUUUCAAGGAUUGCAUUCUGAAUUUCAUUGGAAACCUGAACAUAGUUGCUACCGAACUCCUUAGGGAGGGAGACUACCUCACUGCUGCUGGACACUUUGCCAAAGCGAUCCAGCUGUUCAAUGUUCUGGACCGAAAUGGGCAUCUGAAUGAUAGAUGUGAUCUGGCUAAUCGGAAUCUUCUCUACUAUUUGCAUGCGGAAGCUUGCAUACGUUGUUCAGAACAGUAUCCGAAUGGAUUGCAACUUCUUGAGAUAGCUCUUCAAAGUUUACAGAAAGUUUCUGGUGCCCUUAUUGAUGAUAAGAAAACCCUCAGACUUGUUGCCAAUUUGAAGAAAGAAUUGCUUGAAUACAUAAACUCAGACGGUUUGGCAAACGUUUCACUGGACAAAAUCAGGGAAUACAAUACAGAACUGCUCACUUUUGACCCUGAUAAAAUGAAAAUUGUGAUGAGCUUCUUUAGGUGGAGUGACCCAAGAGAAUUGUUUGAAAGAAUUUGGACUAUUCUUGGACCUGCCGAUGAGGGCGCCAGUGCGUCGGCUCAGGGACAAAGGAAUCAUGGGGUGGAGAUGGACUGGAUACCUAUAGAGCAUCGACAGAUUGCACAGAGGCAACACUCACACGGACAACAUCAUGGUAAGAAGAAGAAGUCCCGCCGUGAUGGGAAAGAUAGACCAUCUCAUGCCUCUGGAUCUGUCCCCCAGCUGCGGAGUAGUGAAGGAGGUAAUGUUAUCCGUCAGGGACAAAGGUCACCUGGAGAUCUGCCUAGUUCAGUUAUGAAGACACAAGGGCAACAUGACCAAGGGAAAUCCAAUAGAAAGGGUAGCACUCCAGCGAGAUCACGAAGUGAGAGUCUUGUCUCCCAAGACAAUGGUGACUCCAAGAGUUGGAGCAACAGCGGUGCCAGACCUCGAAGGGAAAGUCAGCUUGACCAAGAUGUUGGUAAUACCAAGUACAGAAGCAACAGUGUGGCAAGAUCACGAAGUGGAAGUCUACAGACAUCUAAUCCGGGAUAUUCCUCUCUCCAACAAGAAGAUGUCAAGACACAGUCUCUCAAUAGUUCAGAUGAACCCAAAGAGAUGUAUGAGGCUACGUCAGGUGCAGUGCCGGUGAAAAAUCCAUUUGAAGUUCUGCAAGAUGAAGACAGGAGUGCCUGGCAGAGAAGCGGAGUCAAAACGUCAUCACAGCCUCCAAAUCAAAGCAGUAGAGUUGCUGCAGGUACCUUUCCGAUAUCUUCUAGAUUGCCAUUUAGGCAAACUGGCAUGAAUGUGGUACCUAGAGAAGUUGCCACUGCUUCAUCCAUCUACAAUUCUCCUGGGGUAUUGUGUGCCAAGAGCAAUAACUCACAGACAUUUCAAAAGAUCCCCGGACACUCUGUAGUAACGUUCGACGAAACCCUUCUGAAUGAACUCAAAUGGAUUGGUGGAAAGUUGCUUGUGGUUUGCAUGCAAUGCUUUGAAUCUAAGCCAGUGAAAAUCAGCCCUCCCAAUCCUAGUAAUCGUACAGUUUGCUCAUACAAAAAGCAUUCCAUGACCAUGAGCAGGUACCUUGUUCAUCAGUUUGGGGGUGGCAAAUUCACAAAGAUUCGUGAGCGUCCUUUCAGGGUGAUGCAUAAGCCUACAGCCGUCUGUCGCCAUGUUGAUAGGAUGUAUGGAUGUGAGAGAGGAGACUCUUGUCAUUUUGCUCACAGCGAGGCAGAGGCUCAGGUCUGGUGGUUAGAAGCAAGGCUUGGAAAACAACGAAAAGAAAUUCUUGAAGCAUGCAUAGAUCUGAAUCACCCAGCAGCAACCAGACCCUCACCUGCAGGAUCACGACUAUCCGUCCCUCAUGCCCUGAUCAAUCCACACCAAGGCACUUGGGGCUGCAGCAACCGCAGUCUGAAUCAGACACCUGCAGAAUGUGCAAUUGCUGUGGAAUCGUGUCACUCCAAAGUCCCUUUUGGUCAUUCUAUCAAGCGUGCUUGUGGUAGAUGCCUGCAUGAGAAUCCGAACUGCAUCCAGGAACAAAGCUCCAAGAGCCCAUCAUACUGCAGUGGGGCUAGCCGACACUCUUGGGGAGCAAACAUUCUGUAUGUGGUACAUUCCUCGAAAGACAAGCAAUGGGUGCAUGUCAAUCCUCGCCAUUCCCGACUCUGGUCUCGCACUAAACUCCACUUGUGUAGGAAUGGGAAGCAGUGCAAGCGGGAAAGUGUGUUUGGAACAGCAUGCAUGCAUCCUCAUACACAAGAAGAACUUGAACUCUGGGAGUACCAGAAACAACAUAAUUUGUCUAAGCUGGAGGAGGUGGUUUGCUUGCAACAGCAGGCUCAGGCAGCCAGCAACCCUCUCCCCAAACCAGAGCAGACGAAUGUAACGCAGCACGUUUGCUCUUUCUGCAAGUUCUCCAGUACCUCCAAGACAGACUUUGAGAAUCAUCUCCUGACCACCGCCCACAAGGCCAUGAUCUUCUCCGACUCUGAUCGUCUGUGGAAGGAGCGUGAUCCCCCAAACUUGGUGCAGGAUGGCUGUUACGAAAUGUGCAAAGAGAAUGCCACCAAGCAGUGUGAGCACUCUGGAAUGUCCAAGGAAGAGAACGAGUGCAUCUAUGCUCAUAGCAUGGAGGAGCUGAGGGAAUGGAAGCAGCGCCAUCAGCACCUCUUGAUGAAGCUUGGAAAGGCUCGGGAGAUGAAGCUCUACUCCUGGCUGGACAAUCUGGUGGAGGAGAAAACAUCUGCCGAGGAUAUGGAGGAUGUGAUUACUGAUGAUAUAUUUGGCAUUGAGCUGGACUGCAAGAGGGAUGUAGAUGUUAGACAAGAGCUGCCUGCAUCUGAUUUGAUCCAAUGGCGUGUUGUUCUUCAUUGCGGCAGUGAGAAAAAGCUCAAGAGGGUAGGGCUUCUUUACGAUGAACAGCGCUCUCACUUCCAUCUGUCAGAACCUGAGAAAGAGUAUCGCCCCCAGACAUGUCCAGGUGGUCUUCUCAGACGUGAUGACUCUGAUGAGUACAGCCUAGCGGUCAACUUCAUCCAAUCCCACUCCGGCGUGUUCAAGCAGUGGCUUGUCUUCGACUUUGGUGAUCGGCCAUGUCUUGCUCUGAAGCUGUCAGUGACCAUUGGCUUCAAGAGUGAAAUGAAAGAAUUGGAGUUUAAAGAGCAGACGGUGAACACAGCUGACUUGUGGAAUGAGAGUAACAGUAAGAUCAUCAAAUGUACCCAACUGGAUGAAUGGACUCAGAGGUUAGAGGGGCAGUAUCCUACCCCUGGUUCACACAGAGUACCAGCUCUCCUUGACCCUGGUGACGUUCAGAGUCUUAACCAGAACACAUACAAACAAUUCAUGCAUUGCAUGCUGACAGAUGAAGAGAGAGCAUGUAUGGAGAUGGUUGCCAAGUUCCGGACAGUAACCAUUAUGAAAGUAUCUGACCAUGUCCAGCUGGAACAUGAUCUCCUUGGUGCUCAAGAAGGAGAGCUGUUUGGGACUAUCACCCUUGACAAGCCGCUUCACGAUGACUCAGAAGCUUCCCGUCUAGUCCAGGAGUUUGUUGAAACCAUCUUCAUCAAAUUUCACGAGCAGUCGGAUGUAGUCUAUGAAGCUCUGAAGGUGCGGUCUGAGAAGGGUGCCAUUGUGAUAACCCUUGGGUCAUCAUGUGUGAAGGAGCAUCGAUUGAAGGGGGGCAUGGAUGUGUCAGUGACCAUUCAAUUGUACAUCAGUCGCCAACGAUUUCUCUCUAUGCAUCAUGCUGUAGAGAGCUUGAGUUGUAUGGACACUGUUCUGCCCAAAGGACAGCAGCCGAAUAGGUUUCCGGAAGUAGCUGAUGAGGACUGUCUUGAGGGUUUGAACAGUAGACAGGAGAAGGUUGUCCGCCUUAUCAAGUCAUUAGGAACACGAGGAAGGGAAGCCACAUCCUAUAACGGUCCAACCAUGAUCCUCGGGCCAUUUGGGACAGGAAAGACGCAUACUCUGGCCAAAGCGAUACAGAGAACUUUGACGGAGAGGAAGGAUGCCAAGUUUUUGAUCUGCACUCAUUCAAACAGUGCUGCUGAUCUAUACAUCCGAGAUUAUCUUCAUAGAUUCUGUGAAGAUAGUCCUGAUACUUGGAUGGUGCGUGUGUACGCAACGAUGCGGAAACUAAGCACGGUUAGAGAUCCGGUGAAGCAAUACAUGCUUAUCGAUGCUGCAGGACCUCGUUUGCCAACCGAAGAGGAAUGUCAAGACUGGGUCUCCAGAAAGGGCCCCAGUAUAGUUGUAGUCACUCUGAAUACAGCUGUGCACCUUACCAAAACAGCAACACUGCGUGGAUACUUCUCCCACAUUGUGAUAGACGAAGCCGGACAAGCCCUAGAGACAGAGGCCAUCAUUCCCCUUGCCUUAGCAACAGAGGAUACAAGUGUUGUGCUGGCUGGAGAUCCCAAACAAAUGAGCCCAAAGGUGCACUCUCCUCGCACAAUGGAGGCCAAGUUCAACAUGUCCCUGCUGCAACGCCUGUUCAAAUAUGACAAACAGAAUGACUGCCACGCCAGCUGCAACCUCACCAUCAACUACAGGAGCUGCCAACCCAUCCUAGACUUUUUGAAGGUGCACUAUGGCACAGCCUUCAUAUCAAAGAGCACCAGCAGUGAACACCCUAAUCUCUUUCCACUAAACUUUGUGGACGUGAGGGGGGAGGAUCAGCUUGUUGGGACAUCGUACAUGAAUGCAGAGGAAGCAAGGAUAAUUGCAGAAUAUGUCGCUUCAUUGAUGAAGCACUGGCCUGAAGAGUGGGAUAGACCCAAACAGAGUGACGUUGUGGUACUAUCACCUUACAGAGUUCAGGUCCAGGUAAUCCGACAGGAGAUGAGGAAUAGAGGCCUUCAUGCUGUGACGGUUGAGACGGUGCAGAAUGUGCAAGGGAAGCAGUAUCGUGCUGUCUUUCUGAGCACGGUGAGAACGAGAUCGUCGCUAAAUAAGGUAGACAUCACAUCCCUUCCCCAAGUAGGAGACCGAAAUGUGAGAAACAAGUUCUGGUAUGGGUUCCUUUCAGACAAAGGACUUCUGAACACAGCAUUCACCCGUGCACAGUCUCUCAUAACUGUAAUGGGAGAUCCUGUGGCAGUCUGUUCAGCAGGGGAAUGCCAGAAGACAUGGCAGAGGUACAUCAAGACAUGUGAGAGGAAUGGUGCCAUCCAUAGCAAACAUGGUCUAACAAUGGCUUCUAUCCAGAAUGAGAUUGCAAAUGCCAAACGUCUGCUCAACCCUACUUCAAAGUCAUUCAUUCCAAGAGCUUCAGCUCACAGCACAGGCUCCAGGGGGACCCCUCACACGGUAACUGCAAGACCUGCAGUCAGUAGAGCAAUUGAAGUGCCAAGUUGCUAUCCGAGGACUGAAAAGCAACAGAGUGCCAGGAAAUACCUUGCCCCUGAUGCUGGUGCUUCUGCAUCUGCAGUUGAUGAUGAUGAGGAGGAGGAUGACGACUUGCUUGGUGAUGAAUGGCUUCAGGAAUUGAAGAUUCAGGUGGACGAGGACAUGGCUGAGGAGUAUGGGAUGCUGCAUCCAGAGGUGUUGGCUGAAGAUCAAGAGGAAGAGGCUGCAUCAAGACAAGAAUCUGAUGGCGGAGAUGCUUCCAUUGAAAGGGAACAGAGCAAACCAGCCAUACCUAUACAGGAGCCAGAAGCUGGAGUAAGAUUACAGACAGCACAAAGAGAGCAACCCAUUCCAUAUGCAUCAAGAGCUACAGUACCAAACGUAGCAAGCCGUACUAAUGAACAUGUGUUUCGGAACCUACGCAUGGUGGAGAGAGAAGAUCGUUAUGCCCUCUUACAAGAUGAUACAUAUGAUUCAGAUGAUGAAGAUGGUGUAAAUGUGGAUACCUCUGGUCAGGCACAAGAUACUAAUGUUGAAGAACUUCUUCGCAAGGCUCUUCAAAGGCCUGACAUGUACAAGAUCUGUAUCUUCCGCCAAGACAUCACUGGACGAACAUAUGCUGUCCCUCAAGAAAGACAGUCAGGAGAUGUAAUAGCCAUCACGACUAUGAGGCGCCGCGGACAUGCCCUCAACAGUGAUAAGGUUCUUGUAGAGGUCUUGGAAAAUGAGGAUGAACAAGAAGUAGAAGAUGUUGAUGCCGAAAGAGAAAUAAAGAUCCAUGGAAAGGUAGUAGGCAUCAUUGAACACAAUUCCAAUCUCCGGUUACAAAAGUUGGUGUGCUACUUGGAUCCUCAGAAGGAUAAUGUGAUGGUGCCUCUUGACCGUUCAUCUCCUAAGAUGCUUAUCCUGGGAAGAAAAAAAAGAAGUGCUUCAAAGAAUAAUACAGCUGUGGUUACACUGUUUGAAAUAAAGAAAAGAAGGGCAGAUACACAAAAUAAAUGCAGCUCUAGAAGAGAUGUAGAGGUUAAAUAUGCGGAAAGAUAUCAGAAACUCUUUGUUGUUCGCUAUCUCAAAUGGCCCCAAAAGGCCCCAUAUCCACUGGGAGCAGCUGUUGAAGAGUUGGAUCCUGGAAAUACAGAAGAAAAGGGGCUUAACAUCCUUCGACUUGUAUAUGGCAUCAAAGCUCAAUGCAAGCCAGCUGCAAGAGAACAAAUGCAGCGAGAGUUCCCUGAAGGAUGGAGUCUUCCAGAAGAAGCUGUUCAGAAAAGAGAAGAUUUCCGGACUACAAAGACCAUCUUCACUGUGGAUCCUCCUGGGUCUACAGACUUGGAUGAUGCCAUCAGCUGUGUCUGUCUGCCUGGACAGCGCUAUGAAGUUGGUGUACAUAUUGCAGAUGUGUCCUACUUCAUUCACCAGGACAGUUACAUGGAUAAUGAUGCCUACAAGAGGGGUACAACAUUCUACCAUCCAUUUCAAGGUGAUGCUUAUCAUAUGCUGCCAAAAGAUGUGAUCUCAAAGCUUCUAAGCUUACUCCCGAGACAGGAUAGGCUAGCAUUGUCAGUCAUUUUCAUUCUGGAUCAUGAAGGGCAGAUAGUUGCAGAGCCUAUGUUUAGAAGGUCUGUGAUUCAAUCAUGUAAGAGACUUACCUAUGAAGAGGCAGAGAAGUUGAUUGUUGACAUCAACAAUACUUCUAAGGCAUACAUGCGUGUUGCAGAACCUGUCAGGUGCUUAUAUGAGCUGUCAAGACAUCGCCGAAUGCAGCGAUUGAGAGAUGGAUGGAUGGUGUAUAAUGCCGAUGACGAUGAUGGAGGGGCACUUUCACAUCCACAUGCCCACAGCUUAAUCGAAGAGCUGAUGCUGAUGACCAAUAAUGCUGUUGCUGAACAUGUUCUUACCUGGUUUCCUGAGUGUACACCACUUCGUAGGCAACUGGCCCCAUCGCAAGAGAAGGUAGAGACAUGGAAAGAAUGUCAUGAGAAGACUGCAAGAAAUAGCAUUCGUCUUCCUGAGCUUGUGAAUCGUAAUCACAAUGAUGCAGCGCGUGGAGACCAAGAAGAAGGCCAAGAUGGAGAACAUGUCCUAGUUGCUGCAGAAGUAUGGCAGAAGGUCAGAGAAUCCUGUGAAUUACAAAAUGCAUCCAGAAGUCAUAUGGAGGAUAUGGCCAAUCUCAUACUUCAAGAUGAAAACCAUCCACUUCAUGCGUUGGCUCAGUCUCACUGCUAUGGCAUCAUGGAAUCGGCAGAAUACAUUGACUCAACAAGCCAAACCAAGCCAGAGAAGCGAAAACACUAUUCUCUGCAGAUGAGAGCAUAUACUCACUUCACAUCACCCAUCAGACGUUACAUUGACCUUGUUGUGCAUAGGAUGCUUGUUGCUUGCAUAGAGAAUAGCCAUUGCCCUUACACUGCUGGGGAGAUGGCUAACAUCACCCAUCAUUGCAACAAUCAAAAUGCCAAAAGUAAGCGCUUCAGCAAAGCCACAACAGAGCUGAAGUUGGCUCUGAAGCUCAAGGAAGCUCCUCUUCAGGUUACAACUUUUGUGGAAGGGAUCUCUGAGUCAUCCAUGAAAUUGCUUCUCCCAUAUCGUGGAUACAUUCAAUCUAGACAGCGACAAAUUCCUUUUAGUAUUCUGAAGCCGUCUGAGAAACCAGUUGUAAAUGUAGGAUCCACAGAUGUCCAAGUGACAUGGAAGUGUCGCAUGUAUGACUACAGCAGAAAAUGCCAAGCAGAAUCACCAGCUAGAGUCACAUAUCCAGUCGUUUAUUUCAGAAUUCCAGAAGACAAAUGGCAACAGAUCCUGCAAUCGAUCAAGAGUAUGUAUAGGGAUGGAAACUUAAAGGAAGUUCGGACUGCCAUUGAGACAGCACUGAUCCAUGCCCAAGGUAGUGAGAACCCCUUCUCAAAGAGGAGAGGAAAUCAGGGUGGCAGGCCAGAACAGAGGGAAAUGGGAGUUAUGCGUUUCCAACGAAGCUACCAGUUGGGUGAUCCCUGCAGGGUCCAGAUGCAUGCACAGAUGAUGAAGGGUAUGCUUACUCCAAAGGUACAACUCUUCAACAUGACCCCUCACUUGGAUAUUUGUGCAGAGCAUCGAUCACAACCGAUUGAGUGCUUCUCAAGGAUAGCCUCUGAAAUUCCAGGCAGGGAGAAGAACAUCACAGCAUACAAGUCAAAAUGGCUUCAGAUCCUGUCUAUGGUCUCAUGCCACAGUGCAGUCAGCAAUGAUGACACCAUCAUUCUACAGAAUGUGCCAAUCACAUGGCAGAGAACUUCAAGUGAGGUCACAGGUCACUUUCAGUUAGACAAGAAUUUCCUUGAAGUGAACCACAUACCGAUCAGGAAAUUCGGAGAAGGAAUGAUCAUGAACAAUUAUGAUUACCUGUGCAUACACCUGGCCAAUCUUGAUGUGGAAACUAAGCCUCGGCUUAAUAUCAUGGGGUAUGAUAAACGAGAACGUAGACAUCGUGUAGGUCCAUUCAAUGCUAAUGACUGGGAGAAGCAAACGUGUGUUCUCCACUGCAGGAUAUUGAAAGGCGAGAAUGUUCAGGAUUGUCACACAUGCAAACGGCUCCUUCGUGAAAAUUCAAAUUCACUUCCAGUCCACUUUGUAGUGCAUCAGCAGUCCGUGCCACUUCCAGAAGGGAGUAAUGAUCGUCUUGCAAGUACUUUGGAGCUCAUUUCGAAACCUGAGCCAAAUAGACGAGAAGAAGUGGCUGUAGGUGAUGUGGACUCAAAAGGGGUGCCAGUGUUGGUACAAGACAUCGCCUUGCAACGUCCGAAUCAUCCUGAUUGGCACUCAGAUGAUACCCUUAGAAUCCUCUGCAGGGAAGCCAAAGUGUUAGGGGGCACAGACCUGAGUGUACCAGAGUCAACACUGCAUCCGUUGAACGGUUCCCAGCAAGCUGCUGUGAAGAAAGCUCUCAAAGAUACUUUCUCUGUCAUUCAAGGCCCCCCUGGCACUGGAAAGACUGUAACAGGAGCUUACCUUGCAUACUUCUUCACUCGUCUCAAUCAGCAACUACGAGCUGGAAAAAUGCCUCCACAGGUGCUGUACUGUGGACCCUCAAACAAAUCGGUGGAUGUUGUAGCUGCUUAUCUCAAGAAGUUCCAAAACAUCUCCAUUGUGCGAGUCUACAGUGAGCAAAUUGAGCGUAAGGAGUACCCCAUCCCUGGCGUUCCAGGACUUAUAUCUAAGUGGUCCAGGAAAGAAGCCUCUAUGUCAGAGGGGCUAUCAGACAUUGCGCUUCAUCGCUUGAUCAGAAUGCGUGGGAAGCCGCAUGCAGAAGAGUUAGCUGCAUACGAGAGGAGAUUCCGCACUAACCCAGCUGGAAUACUUUCUAGGGACAUCAAAGACUACAAAAGCACUAUUUUUGAGGCCACGAAACAAGAACUGAAGAACCAUCACAUAGUCCUGUGUACCUGUAAUGCCGCUGGAGCGCCUCGCAUGUCAAGAUUCACCCGUAUUAUCCAGGUGAUUGUUGAUGAGGCUGGGAUGUGCAGCGAGCCAGAAACUUUGAUCCCUCUGGUUUCAGUCAAACCCAAACAAGUGGUACUGGUCGGAGAUCAUCAACAACUCAGGUCAAUAAUCACAGAGCCCAAUGCUAGGCAGCUUGGAAUAGAUAUUUCACUGCUAGAAAAAUACAAGGACAAAGCCGAGAUGCUUACCAUCCAGUACAGAAUGCACAAACAGAUAUGUGAAUUCCCAUCCUUGGCGUUCUAUGAUGAUAGACUGAGGACGGCAGAAUCUGUAAUGCGGCGUGGCCCUGACCCCAUCCGCAGUAUCUGGCCCAACAAUGGUCAGACGCCUCGAGUCUUCUGCCAUGUGAGUGGGCAGGAGGAAACCCUCUCAGUGAAGUCGGAAGAAGGCAAUGAGCAGUCAAAGAGUAACAGUGCUGAGAUCAGACAUGUGAUCAGAAUCGUCCGAGAGAUGAUCAGCAGAGGGGUGUCACCCGAGAAGAUUAUCGUCCUGUCUCAGUAUCGCCUCCAGUGUGCACAGAUCGAAGAAAGGCUUCAAAGUGACAGAAAUCUCCGACAGAUCAAAGUCAGCACUGUGGUCAAAAGUCAAGGAAGCGAAUGGGACUAUGUUGUCCUCUCAACCGUGCGCUCCAAACCUCGGAUUGAGAUUGAAGAAAAGCCAAGCAAAGGCUGGCAGAGGAAACAUCUUGGAUUCAUCAACGACGAGAACCAGAUGAAUGUUGCCUUGACAAGGGCCAAGCAAGGGCUUAUCAUCGUCGGUAACCAGUACCUACUGCGAUGUCACAAUAGAUGGAGGGAAAUGCUCAAGAUGUAUGAAGAGACUCACUGCCUUGUUGGAGCUCAGGACUUCCUUGCUUGACAUCGCUGAAAUAAGCCUGUCUAUCAAAUUGAACUAACUGUAUCUGAAUGUAUGGAGCAAUAAAACGAUAGUCUAUUGAUCACUUGGGGGGAAAGAAAGGAAGAUAUCCCAAUCUGUAUUUUUAUGCUUAGCAUGUGAAGCAUGUGAUGGUGUAAAUGUAAGACUGUAUAAUUGAUAUAUAAAUGCAUUCUUUCUUUCCUUUUCUCUCCAGAUUACAUUUGGUUGAGUCUUUCACGAAAGGAUUGACAGGAGACUUAGGUUUUCAUGAUUCCACUCCUGACUCCACAUUAUGAGUCUAGUUAGAGAAUCUGGUUUCUUGUGUGCAUCGUGCAAGAUACAAUGCAGGCAUAUUUUUGUGUAAGGCAUCUAUAUAGCGGAGCAUGUGACUCACUGGGUGCAAUCAUUGGUAGGUCCAUGGUGCAAUAUAGCAUGAAUGCUAGUCUGUAGUUGCAGACCUUUUUAUAAAAAUGGACACAUGAAUCAGCAUAAUUAGUUCUUAUGCUACAGUAAGUUAUGACAGGCAAAAUUCCUUUAAAGUUGACAUUGUAGAAUGGUUCAGUAAGAAUACUUUGGAAACGUCUUUAACGUCAUAAUUCAAACCCCAGUUUGAUACAAAGGUUAGAUACAGAUGAAGUGUGAAAUGUGUCUAAUGUUAUUGAUUUAAAGUAUGGGAACGUUGAGUGCUAGGAAAUUCAGGUGAAAUAAAAACCAUGGAAAUGAAUGCUGCAUUCAUACAUAGAAGGUUUACUGCUGCAUCGGUAUGUGUUGAUAAAUGUAAAACCAUUGUAAGCAUAUGGGUAUAUAUACAUGUUCAGACAAUAGAAUGUUGUUACCAAAUGUAUCGUAAGUUAGAUGUGCACAGAUAUUGUAAGUAUAAGAUGCAUUGUAAAUAAUACUCUCUCAUAUUGUAUUAACCUGUUGUUUUGAUGUGUAUACUAAUGCUUAUACUAUGCUAUGUUUGUGUCCAUGGCCAUUCCCAUUUGGGAAGAUGCUGUCUUAAGUCUUCUAUCAAUUAAAUGUUUUCUAGCAUCUUGUAUUAAUUACCUAUAUAAUGGAAAUAAGUUGUACAUUUUUAAACCUUAAUUGCUGCUAUCUUACUUCUACAUUACUGUAACUAUUUUUCUAUUAUGGGCCACGCUUUUCACAUGCACUGGUUAAAAGAAAGUGCUGGUUGAGAAUUUGUACAUACAUACAAACAUGUAUAUAACUAUAUAUACGUGUAUGUAUAUGUAUAUAUAUAUAUGUAUAAGCAUAAUAACUAAUACAAUUGAAAUGAAAUAUAAUGUACAUAUAUUUAUACAUGUAUAUAUAAAUAUGCAGAUAGUGAUACACACAAAAUCAUUUUACAUAUUAAACCAAAUGAAAUCAGUUGCAGUCAGUCUUGAAAUAUGGAGUAGCUGCUAUGAUGAUAGACAUCUGUCUAUCUGCUUAUGGGAGCUCUUUUAAGAUUUAGUGUGAUAAAAGUGUGAUGUUCUGAGAUUUAUUUUUAGGUAUAUUUUUGUUAUAUUACCAGAGCCUUUUUGAAGCCUUUUUCAUUUUUCAUUUAUGUCUACAAAUAGUCGCUAUCAAA